AUUAAAGUUGGGUUGUGUCUUUAGGUGAGGUGACAGGUGCUGGCGACAAACAGAACAGCUGAAGAACAAAGCCAAACCCAGUAUGUCCAGUUCAGAAGAAAAAUUCAGCCUCAGGGAGGUCUUGGUCAGCUUUAAGUCUUGUUUGGUCGAUGAUGAUCAAGAUGUUGUAGUAGAACAUUACCUGAAUGGUUGGAAGGGGCUGGUAAGGUUUAUGAAUAGCCUUGGAACAAUUUUUUCUUUUGUUUCUAAGGAUGCUGUGACCAAAAUCCAGAUAAUGGAAAACUACUUAAAAGGGUCUAAUGGAGAGAAAUAUCGCACCCUUCAGUCCAUGGUUGAAUAUGAGAUGAGUUCCAACCUUGUAGACGUAACGAAGAGAUCUAAUAAUCCUGACAGUGGCUGCCGCACCAUUUUACGUUUACAUCGUGCUUUGCGUUGGCUGCAGCUCUUUUUGGAGAAAUUAAGAACAAGCAAUACUGAUAUCAAGACUUCUACGUUGUGUUCUGACGCAUAUAAUGAUUCUCUGGCCAACUACCAUCCCUGGCUUAUACGUAAAACAGCAGGUGUUGCCUUUCUAGCCCUUCCAACACGCAAUACAUUCUUUGAGGUAAUGAAUGUUGGAACCACAGAAGAAGUGGUGGAGAUGCUUGGAGAAGCCAUGCCAUACAUCUCUAAAGUCUAUGAUAUCACACAGGAACUUUAUUCUCAACAUAACCUGCUAGAUCUUCCUUAGCGGAUGCUCCAGAAUGCUAGAAUUCAAGGUGGAGGCAUCUGUCCGUGUUCUCUGUGACUUUAAAGCGCAUGGUACAUAUCACAAUUAUGUAUAGAAAUACAAAAUAAUUUUCUAAAGGAUAAAUUAUUAAAGGGGCAUAAUACUAAAUGCUAAUCACUUGAAAGUGAUGCAGCAUAACUGUAAAAAGCUGACAUGAAAAUAUCACCUGAGCAUCUCUAUGUAAAAAAGGAAGAUAUUUUACCUCAAAAAUUCUUCAGCUCACCAGAGUAAGUGCUGUGUAAACAGUUAUACUUCAGUUGCUGUAAAGCUGCAAGUUGAACAAAAAAAUAAAAAACAAUAGCCAAUCGGUAUCAGCAGUGCUAAGGUAUCGCUUUGCCUUUGCUGUGAUUACAUGAAAUUUCACUGACAUCUCAUGAGAUUUGAUAGAAGUUAAUUUAAGCUGAAUAGGAAAAUAACAUGACUGUGCCUGCACAUGCCAGAUGCACACUCCCCAGCAAGUCCUGGGACAAGUAUUCUGACUGGCUGCUUAAAGUCUCUUUACAGUGGGGUGUGAAUACUUAGGAAAUUUGAGGUAAAAUAUCUUCAUUUUUUACAUAUAGAUGUUCAGGGGAUAUUUUCUAGUCCGCUUAUUACAGCUAUGCUGCAUCAGUUUCAAGUGCUUCAACAUUUGGGUAUCAUGGCCCUUUAAACAGUAUAUAGAAUACCAGAUUAAGCACAUUACUUUCCUAAACUCUUAUUUGGUCAUUUGCUUUCUUUUCAUGAGGUCAACAUGUUUAUUCUGUAAAAUAAAUCAUGCUCUGAUUCCAGAUCUGGAGGGUUUGUGAAAUAAGACCUGUGUUUUAUUCUGCUGCUCAUCUGCUAGAAAACAUUUUAAAUAAUUUUUUCUUUAAGUAAACAGGACUUGUGGGCAUUUUCAAACAUUUGCCGCUUGCUGAGUAAGGUGAUCUCAUAACUACUGUCAAAGCCAGGUUGAUCGUAUAGUAUGUGUGUACGUGUCUGUAUAAUAUAUUUCUGUAUUUACAGUACUUAAAGGAAUACUGAGCCCAAUUUUUUUUCUUUCGUGAUUCAGAUAGAGCAUGCAAUUUUAUGCAACUUUCUAAUUUACUUCUAUUAUCAAUUUUUCUUCGUUCUCUUGCUAUCUUUAUUUGAAAAGAAGGCAUCUAAGCUAAGGAGCCAGCAAAUUUUUGGUUUAGGACCAUGUACAGCACUUGUUUAUUGGUGCUGUCCAAUCAGCAAGGACAACCCAGGUUGUUCACCAAAAAUGGUUCGGCAUCUAAACUUACAUUCUUGCUUUUCAAAUAAACAUACCAAGAGAAUAAAGAAAAUUUGAUAAUAGGAGUUAAUUAGAAAGUUGCUUAAAAUGGCAUGCUCUAUCUGAAUCACGAAAGAAAAAGUUUGGGUUCAGUGUCCCUUUAAUAAGACCUGAACUGCAUGUACAAGUAAAAUAAAAUACAUAUAAAUGCAAUGGUGACCGUACCAAAACUUAAAAAAAUAAAGUUUGCACACACAAGACUACUGCAGAGUAAGCUUUAAAGAAAUCUGUAAAAACUAGUCUGUAAAGACCAUAGGCUCCAUUUAUUAUGAGGACUGAUAGGUUACCAAUUAGGGAAUCUGUCUGCUCAUGAUUGCAGGUAGCGCAUUUUUUGUUACAUGAGCAGUUGCUUGUGCAACACUUCCCCCUGCUCUCGCGCAGCCAAUCACGCUAGAGCUGGGGCUGUCAAUCAGCCUAGUCGGAAUAGUCGGGGGUGAUUUUAAACCACCAGCUCAGAGAGGUUGACAAACUCUGGUCGGCUGCAGACUUGCUCAUGUCAGCCUGUACCAAAGGAGCUCCAUAGCUUAAUCUGUAGCUUGAUAAAUGGAGCCUAAAAUUUGCUUAAUUUUACCUGUAUGUACCAUCAUCUCUAUUCUUUGCCAAACCCGAGCAUCUUUCUCCUCAAAACACUGAAGCUUACAUGUUGCACAAUGGGCCUAUUAUCUUUCGUUGAUAUACACAAAAGAAUAUUUUUGGGUUUCAUAUCCGUUAAAGGAAACAAGGAGUAUUUGGAGUAUUUUGCCACACACUAGGCCCAGUUUUCAGUUGCCAUGGAGAUAUGCUGUCCAGUAUUUGUCCAGCUUUGAUUACUGAAACCUAAUAGACAUUGUUUAAACAAUAAAUCUAUUGAUUUUCAAAAUAUAUUUAUAUUAUUUGCUAACUAUUUUACUGUACAUUAAUUAAAGCAAGUAUUUUACAUUCCAGGCCAACACUCAAAUAAUUUACAUUAAUAUAAAAGCAUUAUUUUGAAUGGAUGCAUGUAGCACUAUUAAGAUAACUUACAAUGAGGCCAAUUUAACAAAGGUCUUGUGGACCUGAUCCGACAGUGCGGAUCAGGUCCGCAAGACCUCGCUGAAUGCGGAGAGCAAUAAGCUCUCUGUAUUCAGCAUUGCACCAGCAGCUCACAAGAGCUGCUGGUACAACGCCGCCCCCUGCAGACUCGCGGCCAAUCGGCCACCAGCAGGAGGUGUCAAUCAACCCGAUCGUACUCGAUCGGGUUGAAUUGCGGCGAUUCAUGUCCGCCUCAUCAGAGCAGGCGGACAGGGUUAUGGAGCAGCGGUCUUUAGACGCUGCUCCAUAACUUGCGUUUCUGGCGAGUCUAAAGACUCGCCAGAAACCCAGCCCUUCAAGCUCCAUUCGGAGCUUGAUAGAUAGGCCUCAAUGAUGUCACAGCUGAAAUAUACAAAAUAUUCAGUUAUAUAUUUUCUAAAUAUAGACCCAUGUUGUCUUGUAGUGGUAAAGUUUACUUCCUAUUGGUAAAGACAAGAGUCUUUGCUAAAGCCAUAGUAAAUUCUGUUACUAUUUAUCUGUAAAGUUAACCCCUUUUUCCAGUUGAAUGAUUUUUAAAUUGAAUAAAACAUUUUAUACAGUUUAUAGAAUUUGUAUGUGUUUCAGAAUAAGAUCUUUCAUUUCCUGCUCAUGGGCAUGUAGGUCAUUAUCUUAUAUAAAUGGGUGUAGUUUUCUCUCCAGUGAUGACUCACUAGUUUUAAACUGACAAUUUAAAUUUAUAUUGUAGCAAAUUUCUCUGGUCUUAAUUUUUUUUUCAAGAAUGAUUUUAUAGUUAUUAUUAAUCUGACAUAUGUGUGUCCUUGUGCCUUCUGUCAUUUUAUUUUUAUUCUUAGUUGGCUGGAAUUUGUUUUUAAAGAUUUGCUGAAGCUUUAAACUAGGUUUCUAUGCUGUUGGUUUAGUUAAGUACUGAAUCUGCAAUGCAUUCUAUAUAGUUGCUGCAAGAAGAAAAAAAAAUGUUCAUGUUAAAGGGACAGUGAACACCAGAAUUUUUGUUGUUUAAAAAGGUAGAUAAUCCCUUUAUUACCCAUUCCCCAGUUUUGCAUAACCAACAAAGUUAUAAUAAUAUACAUUUUACCUCUGUUAUUACCUUGUAUCUAUGCCUCUGCAAACUGCCCCCUUAUUUCAGUUCUUUUGACAGACUUGCAUUCUUAGCCAAUCAGUGCUGGGUCCUAGGAGCUUCACGUGCCUGAGCUCAAUGUUAUCUAUAUGAAACACAUGAACUAACGCCCUCUAGUGGUGAACAACUGUCAAAAUGCUUUCAAAUUAGAGGCAGUCUUCAAGGUCUAAGAAAUUAGCACAUGAACCUGCUAGAUUUAGCUCUCAACUAAGAAUACCAAGAGAACAAAGCAAAACUGGUAAUAAAAGUAAAUUGGAAAGUUGUUUAAAAUUACAUGCCCUAUUUAAAUCAUGAAAGAUUUUUUUUUUUUACUUUACUGUCCCUUUAAAAUGUUGCAAACCACCUAGUAUUCUGCCUUUUUAAACUAGACUGAUUUAAAGGGACAUAACUUAAAGGGACAUAAUACUCAUAUGCUAAAUCACUUGAAACUAAUGCAGUAUAACUGUAAAAAGCUGACAGGAAAAUCUCACCUGAGCAUCUCUAUGUAAAAAAGGAAGAUAUUUUACCUCACAACUUCCUCAGCUAAGCAGAGUAAGUUCUGUGUAAAAAGUUAUACUUCAGCUGCUGUCCAGCUGCAGAUGAAAACAAAUAACAAAUUAAGAAAUGAACAGCAGCCAAUCAGCAUCAACAGUGCUGAGGUCAUGAACUCUUUUACUGUGAUCUCAUGAGAUUUCACAGUAAACUUCCUUAAACUAAAUAGGGAAAUAAGAUGAGUGUGCACAUAAGCUCACUCCCUUAGCUGUCCCGGGACAGACAUUAUGAUUUGUUGCUAAAAGUCCUUUACAAUGUGAUGUGGCUACUAAGGAACUUUUGAGGUAAAAUACCUUUCUUUUUUUACAUAGAGAUGUUUAGGUGAUAUUUUCUAGUCGGCUUUUUACAGCUAUGCUGCAUCACUUUCAAGUGUUUCAACAUUUGGGUAUCAUGGCCCUUUAACAACUGGUAUUAAUAACAAAGUUCUAACUCUCUUUUGUUAAAUAGCUUGCUGACAAGGUUACCAGUCAAGGAAACUGCCUGCCUAAGUUCAGGCCUAGUGAGGCAGCAUCUGCACAAGCAAGUGUUUGCAGAGCCCCUCCCCCUAAGAGCAGCGAUUGCCAGACAACCGCUGAUUCAUAAAUGGAGCCCUUCAGUAUUCAACUGUAAUGUGAUUUAGGCCUAUGCAUGUUUGUCUUCUUGCAUCGCAGAGAACUAGAUAUGCUGUUAUAUGUCACUGAUGCUGGCAAUCAAAUGAAAAUGUAUGUUUCUGGAUGUAUGUAAUAUAUAAAUCAAAUGUCUGGGAAAUAUUUAAAUUAUUAUUCAGAAUAAAUACAUAAUCAUUCUUA